AUGCAUACCAACGGCCUGUACACGGCACUUCUGUGCUCCCUGGCGGCUUCGGCUCAAGCCGUCGUCCAUGAGAAGCUGGCGACCGUCCCUGCCAGCUGGACUUAUCUCGAGGAUGCUGCUCAGAGCAACACCAUCAGUUUGUCGAUUGCUCUGAACCGUCAGAACCUGGACAAGCUUCAAGCCAAGCUCACGGCCCUUGCCACCCCUGGUGAAGCCCAGUACGGCCAAUGGCUGGAUUUGGAGGACAUCAACAAGGAGUUCCCUGUGGCCAGCGCCGACGCCGUCAUCAGCUGGCUGCGCAGCGCCAACAUCACCCAGAUCUCGCAGGAUGGCAGCAUGGUGAAUUUUGCUGCGCCCGUGGGCACGGUGAACAAGCUCCUCAACACCACAUUUGCCUACUACCAAAGCGGCUCUUCCACCAAGCUGCGCACCACCCAGUACUCCAUUCCGGAGAGCUUGGUCGACACGAUUGACCUGAUCUCCCCGACCACCUACUUCGGCAAGGACAACGCCCAGGCGGAGCUGUCGAAGCUGACGGUGCAGCUCCCGUCGCAGCACGCCAAGAGAAGCUCCAACUCUUCCUGCGCCGAGCGCAUCACCCUGUCCUGCCUGAAGGAGAUGUACAACUUCGGUAGCUACACUCCCAGUGCCUCGUCGGGAAGCAAGAUCGGGUUCGGCAACUUCUUGAACGAGUCGGCCUCGUACUCCGACCUUGCCGGCUUCGAGAAGUACUACCACCUCCCCUCCCAGGAGUUUGACGUCGAGCUCAUCAACGGCGGCGUCAACGACCAAGACCCCGCGACCGAAAGUGACGGCGAGGCCGAUUUGGAUGUCGAGCUGAUUGUCGGUGUUGCGCAUCCUCUUCCGGUGACGGCCUUCAUCACAGGCGGUCUUGCUCCUUUCAUCCCCGACCCCGAUGAGCCCACGACUGCGGACGACUCGAACGAGCCCUACCUCCCGUACUACGAGUACCUCCUGUCGAAGCCCAACUCGGCUCUGCCCCAGGUCAUCUCCAACUCCUACGGUGAUGACGAGCAGACUGUUCCCGAGUACUACGCCAAGCGCGUCUGCAACCUGAUCGGCCUGAUGGGUCUCCGCGGUAUCUCCAUCAUCGAAUCCUCCGGCGACGAAGUUCUAACGCCAGAAAAAACAGGAAUCGGCUCCGCCUGCCGCGCCGGAGACGGCAGCAACCGCCCGCAAUUCCAGCCGACCUUCCCGGCGACCUGCCCCUACGUGACCGCCGUCGGCGGCACGCAGUCCUACGGGCCCGAGAUCGCCUGGACGGGCAGCUCCGGCGGCUUCAGUAACUACUUCCCGCAGGCGUGGUACCAGCACGACGCGGUCGAGAAGUAUUUGUCGCACCACAUCGCCAAGGACACCAAGAAGUACUACUCGCAGUACGCCAACUUCAGCGGCCGCGCGUUCCCCGACGUCUCCACUCACAGCUAUGAUCCUCCCUACGUGGUCAUCGAAAGCAACACCACCGUCGGCACGGGCGGCACCUCGGCCGCGGCCCCGGUCUUCGCUGCGUUGGUCAGUCUUCUCAACGACGCCCGCCUGCGCGCCGGCAAGCCCGCCCUUGGGUACCUAAACCCGCUGCUGUACAGCAAGGAUAUCAGCAAGCGGUUCACCGAUGUCACCCUGGGCCAGUCGGUCGGCUGCGACGGCACGGACCCGCAGACCGGCGAGACCGUCCCGGGCGCCGGGAUCAUCCCCUGGGCGUUCUGGAAUGCAACCGUCGGCUGGGAUCCGGUUACUGGACUGGGGUUGCCGGAUUUCGAGAAGCUGAAGGAGGUGGUGCUGAAGUAUUAG